UUGAUGCUGUUUAACAACAGGAGGAGCUGACAGCCGAAGAAGCGACAGGUGAAUGAUUUACAACAUCCAAAUUUCACCUGUCCAGCACUUCGUUAUAUUAAUGAAACCAAAACCGAUCCUGUUCGACUGUUUCCGGCUUUCAGCUUCCAACUAAAAUUAACAUUUUGUUACCUAAAGAGGUGCCAAAAGGAGUAACCCGCUACGGAGGAGCCUUGUUUAGCAGGUCAGUCGCAGGUUGAGCAGCAUCAUCGAAGCAGGAAGCAUGCUGUCGGGGGAGGAGAUCCUGUGCAGCACGCAGCAGGUGAUCGCAGGGCUCGAAGCUCUGAAAGGGGAGAACCGCAGUUUGCUGGACGACCUGCAGGAGGCGAUGGAGAGUCACCCGGUGUCUCGCGGUGGCGGCGUGGAGCAGGAGAAGAGCAGCAUCAUCCGACAGUCGCUGGAGAGGAUCGAGCUGGGGCUGAGCGAGGCGCAAGUGAUGAUGGCUCUGUCGUCUCAUCUUGGCUCACUGGAGGCAGAGAAGCAAAAGUUACGAGCUCAGGUCCGCCGCCUCGUUCAGGAGAACCAGUGGCUGAGGGACGAACUCGCUGGCGCUCAGCAGCGGCUGCAGGACAAGGAGCAGGAGGUCGUGACCCUGGAGGAGCAGAACAAACACCUGCAGUUCAUGUCCACCAUACGCAAAUACGACCAGGACGAGCCGCCUCUGGAUGAGAAAGAAACGUCCUCCAACAAGGAGUCUCUGGAUGAUUUGUUUCCUGCUGAAGACGAGGAACCGUCCCAGAUGUCCCAGCCUCAUCACAGCAGCGCAGCGGCGGCGGCCCAGCAGGGCGGCUACGAGAUCCCCGCCCGCCUCCGAACGCUCCACAACCUGGUCAUCCAGUACGCGUCGCAGGGUCGCUACGAGGUCGCCGUGCCGCUCUGCAAGCAGGCUCUGGAAGACCUGGAGAAGUCCUCUGGUCACACACACCCUGACGUAGCAACCAUGCUCAACAUCCUGGCUCUGGUGUACAGAGAUCAGAAUAAAUAUAAAGAGGCAGCGAACCUGCUGAACGAUGCGUUGGCGAUCAGAGAGAAAACCCUUGGCAUGGAUCACCCAGCUGUAGCAGCUACACUGAACAACCUGGCUGUGCUUUAUGGUAAAAGAGGAAAAUACAAAGAAGCGGAGCCGCUUUGUAAACGAGCUCUGGAGAUCCGAGAGAAAGUUCUGGGUACGGACCAUCCCGACGUGGCCAAGCAGCUCAACAACCUGGCGCUGCUGUGCCAGAACCAGGGGAAGUACCAGGAAGUGGAGCAGUACUACGAACGCGCUCUGCACAUCUACCAGAGCAAACUGGGGCCGGACGACGCCAACGUGGCCAAAACCAAGAACAACCUGGCGUCAUGUUAUCUGAAACAGGGAAAAUACAGACAAGCUGAAGCGCUUUACAAAGAGAUUCUGACCAGAGCUCAUGAAAAGGAGUUUGGAUCUGUGGAAGGAGACGGCCGUCCCCGCUGGUCCAACAUGGAGGACGGCGGCGGCGCGCAGGACGGACUGAAGCGCAGCAGCUCCUUCACCAAACUCCGGGAGUCGAUACGGCGGAGCAGCGAGAAGCUGGUCCGCAAGCUCAAAGGAGUCGGGAUGGAGGAGAUGACCCCGAGGAAUGCUGGGAUGAAGAGGGCGAACUCUCUGAACGUGUUGAACGUUGGAACCAGAGAAAAUCUCGACGGCACCCAGUCCAGCCACCUGACGGUCAGUCGAGGCCUGAGCUGCAGCACACAGAGCCUGAACAGACGGGGAUCGCUCAGUGGGACCAGCUGACACAAGAACAACACAAAUCAYUUCAACGCAACAAAAACUGAUGGCAUGUUUAAAAACUGGACUCACAAAUGCUGCUGUGAAUCAGCACCAAGAGGAUUCCCCACCAUGAGUCUCCAAAAGAUGGUUGCUGCAAAGUGGGGAUCAAAGGUCAAAUGUUACUGUAGGGAGGUUAACCUGACCAGCAACAAGGUUCAAGUCUGUCUGCAACAUUUCCUUUUCCUGCUCCUGUUUUCUGAAUUAUAAGAAUCAAGUUUAACAAUUUUAAAUACUAAACCUUUAUAACAAAAUAAUCUAUUUAUUCUUUUUACAACCAAGGAAAAAUAUAGAAAUUUCAAUAGAAAUGUUCAUCAAACAUAAUUUUUUAAAAUUUGUGUAAAUAAUGUAGGUUUUUAUUAAGUUUCACAUAUCAAUAAAUCACAUCUUUAAAUUCUCAACAAAAUUAUGAUCAAAUAUUCUUUUUUUUAAGCGCUGGUUGAAGUAAAGUGAGUUGGAGUUUUUAGUAUUUAAUUAAAAACAUGAAGUUAUUUUUUAUCUUUUAUUUGGGACCAAAAUUGCAACAUUUGUUCCACUUCCAGCUGCUGUUACCUGUUCAAACUGGACUGAAUCAAACCCUUUGAGCUGCCUGUUCCCCUCCUGGCCUGUGGGGGCGCUGCACCGAGAGCCACUUAACAAAACAACAUAAAAACCUCUGAAGACUGAGCCCAACUUCCUUCAUGAAAUGGAAAAUCGUCAGAUUUUAGAGGUUGGAGGAUUUCUCUUGUUUUUGGCUGAAGACCACGAGCCGUUCCUCCUGCUAGCGCUAGGCUAGCAUGUUUGUUUUAGUUGUAUUUACCCAGAAUGCCCUGCACUGUAGUCCACUGCUAGGCAAGCUAACCAGAGUUCAAUUAAAGCGGACCAAACAGGACUGGUGUGAAUGUACGACGGCGUAUUUGGGCCAUUGUAGAUAUAAAAAGAGAGAAAUAAUUUUCUGCCAAAAACUCAAAAAUUUAGAUUUUUAUCUUGAAGUUUUUAUAGAAAAAAAA